AAAAGCAUUUCAAAGCACCAAAAAGUAUUCUCUUUUUAUUUCUUUUUUCUCUCUCUCUCGCUAGUUUGCAAAGCGUUUUGCAUCCACCAAUGGGCUUUCAGGCUACAGAUAUUGGGAUGUAAAUGAGCGCAGCGCGUGCUGGCGCAGUGAAAGCGACGGAUUGUUUAUUGAGCCCCGUGCAGCCACGCGCCUGGCCGCCGAGCCACAGCUCAAGAAUCCCGCAGCGGGGCGGGGACUCCCACACGAGCGUGCGUCUUUUUAAGGGGGUGGGGUGUCGGACGCGUGUUGAAAAAGGGCCGAGUGCUGCCAAAGUUUAUAUCAGAUCGAGCUCUGGUAGGGGGCCAGUAGACACUUGGACAUUUCGACAGUGAGAACUGGCCACACACGCGAAAGGCACGCGAAAGUUUUUCGUAGCCACUUUGUUUGUUCUUCUUCAUCGUCUCGGUGGACUCGUUGUACAGGUCAGCACUGGCGUACCCCAAGAUCGAGAUGGAGACCACCAGCAGUAUGCCAACGACACAGCUGGUACAGGGUCAGUGCCACAUCGGACGCGCAGAGAGACGACAAGAGUGCGCACUCUCCAACGUGACCCAGAGCCAGAGCAGGAGCAAAGUGCUGAAGAGACAGCGCUCCAACUCUCCUGAACUGCUGCGCUGCAAGAGAAGGCUCAGCUUCACUGGUCUGGGCUACAACAUCCCCCAGCAGCAACCGGUCGCCGUGGCGCGACGCAACGAGAGAGAAAGGAACCGUGUCAAGCAAGUAAACAUGGGUUUUCAAACCUUGCGUCAGCACGUUCCGAACGGUGCAGCCAACAAAAAGAUGAGCAAAGUAGAAACCUUGAGGUCAGCGGUGGAGUACAUUCGCGCUCUGCAGCAACUCCUGGACGAACACGAUGCCAUUUCGGCCGCGUUUCAGUGCGGCGUCCCCUCUCCAACCCUGUCCAACAGCUACUCCGCGGAUCCAGAGUCGCCACAUUCGUCUUAUUCAUCUGACGACGGAACUUACGAGCAUUUGAGCUCCGAAGAGCAAGAGCUGCUGGACUUCACGACAUGGUUUAACAGAUACUGAUGAAGUGCAUUGCUGCAUUGCUCAUUAUCAGAAACUCAAACCGUGCGCGCAUGCAUGCGUCUUCCUGCUCAGUGGUGACAGUGCAAAUGUCAGCAUCAACACAGAACCUAAGAGCUUUGCAGGUUCAAGCACAAGACAAGGAUUUAAGAGGUGAUGAAGUUUGUUUCGCCUCGCAACACCAUCGGCAAACCUCUCUCUCUCUCUCUCUCUCUCUCUCUCUCUCUCUCUCUCUCUCUCUCUCUCUCUCUCUCUCUCUAAUGAUUGGGGGGAGGGACUAAAACUCGACGAAAAAAUGUUUAAAAGUGCAAUUAUGGACUUUUCUAUUGUAUGUCACUUACUAUCCGUUUUCAACCAGCCUGUAAAGACGAAAGGUCAAUGGGACACUGUUUUGAUUCAAAUGCGCGCGUUCACGCGGCGCACAUGGGAAGAUGCUGCGCAUGCGCAGGUGGAAUGUUGGUGGAAUGCUAGAAUUUAGUACAGAAUUAUGAAUAUCUAGUGUCUCUGCUGAUUUAACUAGUUGCUGAUCUGAACGUUUUUUUAAAAUGGAAACUUGUACUAUAAGCUGUAUUGUUAAAAAAAAUGAAGAUUUAUUUUUGUAUGCCGAGCAAAACAACAACAAACAAUAGUACACUACAUCAAGUGACAAUGGCCAUGUUGUAAAUGAAUUAGCUGAAACAUACGUUGUUGCUUUUAACACUGAAUAGAAUGCCAUAGAACAUAUUACUGAUUAGACAUGAUGCUCCUUGCUAAUGGGCAACGUGUAUGGAAAUAUUUUACAAUAUAUGCACUUGUUCACUCUUUCUUUAGACUAAGAAAUUGUACAUAUACGUGAUUUAA